AGCGGAGCGCAGCGCCGAGGCGGCCGCCCGUCCCCCGCGCCACCCCCGCGCCACCCCCGCGCCCCGGCCUGCGGGCCCCGGAGCGCCGCGGCCAGCCCGCGCCCGGCCGGUGGUCAGCGGGCGCCAUGGCCGCGCCGGAGCCGUUGCGGCCACGCCUGUGCCGCCUGGUGCGCGGCGAGCAAGGCUACGGCUUCCACCUGCACGGCGAGAAGGGCCGCCGUGGGCAGUUCAUCCGGCGCGUGGAGCCCGGCUCCCCCGCCGAGGCGGCCGCGCUGCGCGCAGGGGACCGGCUGGUCGAGGUCAACGGCGUCAACGUGGAGGGCGAGUCGCACCACCAGGUGGUGCAGAGGAUCAAGGCUGUAGAAGGCCACACGCGGCUGCUGGUGGUGGACAAGGACACGGAUGAGGAGCUCCAGCGGCGGCGGCUGACCUGCACGGAGGACAUGGCCCAGCGAGGCCUCCCGCCUGUGCGUGACCCCUGGGAGCCACGGCCGGACUGGGCACAUGCAGGCAGCCUGAGCAGCGACGCUGGCCACAAGGAUGCCAAUGGGCCCCCGAGGGAGCUGCGUCCUCGGCUCUGUCACCUGCACAAGGGCCCGCAGGGCUACGGGUUUAAUCUGCACAGUGACAAGUCUCGGCCCGGCCAGUACAUCCGCUCCGUGGACCCAGGCUCACCUGCCGCCCACUCCGGCCUCCGACCCCAGGAUCGGCUCAUCGAGGUGAACGGGCAGAAUGUGGAGGGACUGCGCCAUGCCGAGGUCGUGGCCAGCAUCAAGGCCAAAGAGAGCGAGGCCCGGCUGCUGGUGGUGGAUCCUGACACGGACGAGCACUUCAAACGGCUGCGGAUCACACCCACCGAGGAGCACGUGGAAGGUCCACUGCCGUCACCGAUCACCAAUGGGACCAGUCCUGCCCAGGAUGCCAGCAGUUGGAAGCGUGAUCCAUUCCAGGAGAGUGGCCUGCACUUGAGCCCCACCGCAGCUGAGGCCAAGGAGAAGGCCCGGGCCACGCGCGUCAAUAAACGGGCCCCGCAGAUGGACUGGAACCGCAAACGUGAGAUCUUCAGCAACUUCUGAGCCCCCUGCCUGCUGGCCGGGCCCUGCCUCAGGAGAGCCACUGUGCUGGGGACUGUGGGGAGUGG